UUCAAGCAAACAUUCUUAUCGAUAACUUACUUUCUGGAAAAAUUGCACAAAAGUAAAAAGUAAAAAAAUCCUUAGAAAUUAAAAAUGCCCCUUUUGGAGGCUCCUGCAGAUUUAAGUGGAUCUUCACCCGAUAUUUCCCUUAAUCAGGAUGCUAUGCCACAGCAUCUACAACAAGGUCAACAGGCCCAGGGCCAAGUACAGCAACUACAACUACCGUUGCCCAUAGCCCCAGUGGCUGCAGCGCAAAUACAUUUGCCCACACCCGAGCCACGUUAUCGCCAUGAACAGGCCCAAGUGUUGUUAGAAAACAAUCAGAAUUUACUGAGAAAUUUACCUCCUUUAAAUUUCGAUCCUGAUGUCAUAGAGCAUGAGGAGGAAAACUAUAUGCCAGCUUAUGUGCAUAUGCUGCCGGUGGUGUUGCCUGCACAGGCACCAGAGCCUACCUUAGAUGAGAUGUUGAGACGUGUCACCGGUCGCACUGACCUUCACAAUGUUGACUCUGUGCGCUUGCGCGUAAUUUCCUAUACCCUAAGCCUAUCCCAUUUGGCCAUGUUUUUACCUUGCCUUCAGCAAUUGGAUCUUAGUGGCUCUGUUCUCUGUACCUUGCGUGACCUGGGCUAUGGUCUUAUUCAUUUGACCCAUUUGAAUGUCAGCAAUUGUGGUUUGAAUAGCCUAGAUGGCACUGGGGGAUUUCCCAAUUUAAGAGUCCUGGUGGCCGAUGAUAAUAUGAUACAACGACCUGGCUCUUUAUCGGACCUACCUUUGUUGCAGCAUUUCAGUGUACGCCAUAAUCGUAUUAGUGAAUUGGGUAUAUUGACAUUUUUGGGCAUGUGUGCCAAUUUAUUGGAGAUCGAUCUCCGAGGUAAUCCAGUCUGCCACCAGCCUUUAUAUCGCCAGACUUUGCAACGCAACAUAGCAACGCUGCAGGUAUUGGAUGGAGUGCCAGUCAAUAAUAUGGCCCAAGGUGGACCACCUUUAAGUUCUUUGGAGAGUGAUGACAUAUCUUCGCUGUCCAGUGCUUCUGGUUCUGUGCCCUUGGCUUCACCCACAACAUUUCGUCCAGCUACUGCUCCCCUAGCCAGAACAAAUUGUGAGCCAGUGAUUAGAAGUGGGGUAGCUAACAUACCCAGACCCAAUACCGUCUCUUUGGCUUCCCGCUCCAGUUCCUUGUCUUCUGGCUCCCCUGUAAUGGGUUCUGUAUUGACUUUGGCUCGCCAAAGACAACGCCGCAAACAACAUCAUCACACAAAUGCCUGGGGCUCUUCAGAUAGUUCAAAUUAUUCCAGUGCAGCUUCUUCACGGCCCUCUUCGUCGAUUUCAUCGGCUGGCAGUUGUGAUUUGUCCUCGCCACAGGCUACGGCAAAAUACAUCUUUUAAAAUUUAAACUAAAACAAGUGAAAAGUUGUUAAGUUCGGCCAGGCCGAACUUUGGAUACCCACCACCUCGGGUAUAUAUCUAAGCCCACCUUAUGUCAUAAUCCGCAUAAUGUAUGCUCUCAUAGCAGUUGUAUUGAAAUAUGGUCGGUUUUGGACCAAAUUCGUUCGUUUGGUCUGUUUGGACCAAACAUUGAGUGGCCUAAUGAGUUCAAGUCACUGUUCAAUUUUGUAGAACAAAAUAUCUGCACUAUAUACGACAUGGAUGUGGAAAAGGCCAACAAAAGCCACUGUGUCAAAUUUCGGCCAAAUCGGAUUAUAAAUGCGUCUUUUAUGGGGCCAAGAUUUUAAAUCGAGUGAUCGGUCUAUAUGGCAGCUAUAUCCAAAUCUUUACCGAUCUGAGCCAAAUUUAAGAGGGUUAUCGAAGGGCCAAAUUUCGGCGACGUUGGUCUAUAAAUGCGUCUUUUAUGGGCCCAAUACCUUAAAUCGAGAGAUCGGUCUACAUGACAGCUAUAUUAAAAUCUGAACCGAUCUGAGCCAAAUUGAAGAAGAAUGUCAAAGGCCCUAUCACAACUCACUGCCCCAAAUUUCGGCGACAUCGGAAAGUGCGCCUUUUAUGGGCCCUAAUCCUUAAAUCAAGAGUUCGGUUUAUAUGGCAGCUAUGUCCAAAUCUGAACCGAUCUGGGCCAAAUUGCUGAAAGAUAUCGAGGGGCCAAAUACAACUCCAUGUCCCAAAUUUCAACGAAAUAGGACAAUAAAUGCUACUUUUAAGGGACUAAAACUUUAAAUUUAGAGAUCGUUGUAUAUUGCAGCAAAUCUAGACCAAUCUGGGCCAAAUUGAUGAAGGAUGUCGAAAGGCUUAACUCAACUCAAAUCCAAAUCUGGGCCGAUCGGGGCCAGUGGCCUAACACAAUUCAUGUAAUGCCCACGAUACGUUAUGAAUCCUUGAUGCAAUUUUCCAAAUGUAACAUUCGAGCAUCCUUACGUUCAGGAGAAAGGUGCAUAAACAUGUCGAAGAGCCUAACACAAAGCACUGUCCCAAAUUUUGGCGAAAUUGGACAAUAAAUGCCUCUUUUAUGGGCCCUUUGGACUGAUCCGAUGGACCGAUCUGGGCAAAAUUGAAGAAGAAAGUCGGAGAGUCUAACCAAGCUCACUGUCUCAAAUUUCAGCGACAUCGGACAAUUAAAUGCGUCUUUUAUGGCCCCAAAAUCUAAAACCCAGAUACCGGUCUAUAUGGCAGCUACAUCCAAAUCUGGACCGAUCUAUGCGAUAUUGCAGAAGUAUGUCAAGGGGCUUAACUUAACUCACUGUCCCAAAUUUCGGCGACAUCGGACAAUAAAUGAGCAUUUUAUGGGCCUUAGACCCUAAAUCGGAGGAUCGGUCUAUAUGGCAGCUAUAUCCAAAUCUGGACCGAUCUGAGCCAAAUUGACGAAGGAUGUUGAAGGGCCUAACACACCUAACAGAUGUGUUGCAAACGGAAUGACAAAAUGAAUAUACCCCCACCUUCGGUGGUGGGUAUAAAAAAACAAACAAAACCCAUCAAUGAAUGGGAAAAGAGAUGUAUGAAAGUAUUAAAACAAAAAUUAUGAAUAAACCGUAUAUCGAUUCCAUGCAAAGCUACACACUCAUGUUACAUACAAACAUGUGGUAUUCUUACCCUCAAGGAAAGGAACUGAUGCAUGUAAA